GUUCAUCAGUAUACAUACAUACAAUUCGUGUGUGCGUCUGGAUUUUGCUGUAUUUUUUAUUUAAGAAUGAAUUAUUAACUAACCAUUAAUAAAUUAUUAUUAAAUAAAAAACAGUUAAAAACCGCGAUUCGACCAUACACACCGAGUCCUCCCGAAAACCGUAAGAAACAGAAACACCAUGGACCAGGAGAACUUCCACGGGCAUAGCCUGCCGCAGCAGCUGCAGAACAUGCACCUCCAGCAGACGCCCCAAUCACUCCAGAAUCCCGUCCAGACGGGAUUUGCUCCGCGGCGGCAGUACGACAAUCUGGGCGGCCUGGGCAAUGGCAAUCCCGCCCUCGGCCCCGGCAGUCCGGUCAAGAGUGCUCCGCUGGGGCAGCGCCCUGUGAAGAUCAAGAAGGAGAAGGUGGCCCAGGUGGUGCAGCCUUCGCAGCCUGGUCAGCUGCAGCUGUCGGAGCUGGGGGAUCCCGCCUUGGCGGCUGGAUCAGGAGUUCCAGGAGCAACCGGGGUGGGCCUAAUUGGGGGACUAAUGCCCAGCGACGAUGCACUAAAGUUCGUCAGCGAGACAGACGCCAAUGGACUGGCCAUGAAGACGCCCGUCAGCAUUCUGCAGGAGCUGCUCAGCCGGCGCGGCAUCACGCCGGGCUAUGAGCUCGUCCAGAUCGAGGGCGCCAUUCACGAGCCGACCUUCCGGUUUCGCGUGUCCUUCAAGGACAAGGACACCCCCUUCACGGCCAUGGGUGCGGGACGCUCAAAGAAAGAGGCUAAGCACGCGGCGGCCCGUGCUCUCAUUGACAAGCUGAUCGGACCGCAGCUGCCGGAAUCGCCCAGCAGCUCCGCCGGUCCGUCGGUGACUGGUCUCACGGUCGCCGGGAGCGGCGGUGACGGCAACGCCAAUGCCACGGGCGGCGGAGAUGUUGGCGACAAGAUCGUGGGCAAUCCUAUUGGGUGGCUGCAGGAGUUGUGCAUGCAGCGGCGAUGGCCACCACCGUCGUACGAAACGGAGACGGAAGUGGGGCUGCCCCACGAGCGGCUCUUCACGAUCGCCUGCUCGAUCCUCAACUAUCGCGAGAUGGGCAAAGGCAAGAGCAAGAAGAUAGCCAAGCGCUUGGCCGCCCACCGCAUGUGGAUGCGGCUGCAGGAGACGCCCAUUGAUUCGGCCAAGAUUAGCGACAGCAUCUGCGGCGAGUUGGAGGGCGAACCCCGCAGUAGCGAAAAUUAUUAUGGUGAAUUGAAAGAUAUCUCUGUGCCAACACUGACCACGCAGCACAGUAACAAAGUAUCCCAGUUCCAUAAGACCCUGAAAAAUGCGACGGGCAAAAAACUGCUCAAGUUACAGAAGACUUGCCUAAAGAGCACUAAGAUCGACUACAUCAAGCUGCUGGGCGAGAUCGCGACCGAGAACCAGUUCGAGGUGACCUACGUGGACAUCGAGGAGAAGACCUUCACUGGACAGUUCCAGUGUCUAGUUCAGCUCUCCACGCUGCCCGUGGGCGUUUGCCAUGGAAGCGGUCCGUCGGCCGCGGAGGCCCAGCGGCAUGCCGCCCAGAACGCUCUCGAGUAUUUGAAGAUCAUGACCAAGAAAUAGGGGCAGCCAGCUGCAUAGCAAAAUCUGAACGCACACCACGACCACGAGGAUAUGGCGCAUGCUGUUACGGGUUACAGUACCCGCACCAAAUAGCUUUCUUUCCGGGAGUGUCCAAGCACCCUUUGUGGCUCAGUCCAAUGGCGAUAUAAUUUAUAUUUGGUUUCUUUCACGAUUCCUAUGAUUAGACAGUUGACUUUUCUUUACUAUAUAUGUAAAUGUUCAUAUACACUUAACAACGUAUGUACACUUGCAUAUACAGACAAGUGUGUAAUCUAUAUUGGAAUCUUAUAAUCGCUUUGAAAUUGUUUAUAAUUCCAAGAAACGAAAGCCACAGAAAAAAACCCAAUAAAUCCAAUGAAACUAGCUAACUAGGCUUAAGAUAGAUCGCGUGGUUUGGUGUUCGAAGGUGAUAAGGCUUAUAAAUAUAUUCGGUAUUUCGGUAAUCGCUACUAAAA